AUGUUGGAUACUGAUGAAAUUGACUUCUUGGAUAGUCGAUUUGGUAGUGAUUCCACUGCUUUUCUCAACUCUUCUGAACCUCCUGGAACUCCCCCCUCAACCCCUAAAUUACCCUCAGCUGGCAUAGAAAAUGGAAAAAGAGAGCGCAAACAUCGGAGGAGUCUGAGUGAACAAGUAUUUUCGAAAGCUGCAUUGCAUAAUAUUAGAUCGCGAAGUUUUCUACGAGAUCGCUUUAACAAGCUCAACAAAUCUGAUGAGAUUCGGUUGCUCCAUAUGGGAGGACUCAAAGUGAAGAGGAGUGGAAGUGUAGGUGGUGGCGAGAGUCUCAGUGAUUUUCUGGAUGGUGAAUCGGAACGUAGAAAUCGAUUUGGACGGGCUGCUACCUAUGAGGAUUUCUCGCCAUUUGGAAAGUACCAAAAUGUUAAUUUAAAACAUUCAACUUCAGGAAGUACUCAUAAUGCCACGUACUUGAAAAAUGCUCUGAAGAGAACUGUUAAAAAGGUUCUCACUUCUUCACGUCUGGAUGAUGAGGCAACUGCAGGAAGCUCUCAAAGUGACAGUCGUGUGUCGCCUAGAGAAGUGAAAAAUAGAUACCAAAAAAUGUCUGAUGAGCGAAAACGUUACCAUCAGCAACGUGCUAACUCCAAGCCUGAUUACACGGAAACAAGUUUAGGCUGGAAAUGCAAACUUACUAUCCGAGGCGCUAAGCUUAAAGGCAAAUUUAACUGUUCCGUCCAUGUGUAUUACGCGGAUAAGCUUCUCACAAAAACUAAGUUCUCUGGUGAAACCGCCAACCCAGAAUGGCAGAAGACAAUAAGUUUCCCUAUUACUAACACCGAUGAGCCACUGCAACUUCAAAUAAUCGAAAAACACAAUAUACGAUCGGACAAACUCCUUGGAAGAGCCUACAUCUACUUGCUUCGAGAUGAAAGUGUCUGCUCGCAUGAAGCUCCAAUCAAAUACUUCAGUCUAAAAAAAAAGAAUUCACAGAAUUUGGGUACUAUAUGUGUUGAAACAUGCAUUGAAUUUGGCAUAUUAACUUCAAAUGAUGAAGACAGUACGGUUCUGGCAACUUCUGAUUACUCAGAAAUGCUGGGUGAGUUAGGGAGUGAAACAGCAAACUCAGAGUCGAUUCCGAGACCUAUUUAUAAGAGACUCUCCCAUAUAGUGAGUUCCCGUGUUCGCUUGCCCUCGUUUACCCGCCAAAAGGGUAAGAGUUUACUACUGGAAUCCAAGCCACCAAUCGUUGACCCGUCAACUCGUGCCGAUGAGAGUUUCUUCUUUUCUCCGUAUGAAGUCACGCGCCGAUACUUGGAGAAUGAUGGUGCUGCCAAGUCUUUCAAUAUUCCCUGGAAUCCCUUUUUGGAUUGGCCAGGCCUUUGUUGUCAAGACCUCCCAGUGGUAGCUUUAAAGAAACGCUGUCCCACUCACUACUGGCAGCUGUAUAUUCCCAAAAUACGAUGGCCGAUCGAAUUCCUUCUGCCAAUGUCCCGACUGGGGUUUCCGAAGUCUAAUUUUGUGGACAAUUUGGAGGUGGGAGAUCCAGUUAAGUUCACCAAAGUCGUAGAGAGUGGAUUCGUGAAUGUUUAUUUGAUCGGAGCUCGUGGACUUCGAUCAAUACCACAAGUGGAGAUGGUGAACAGAAAUAGUUUGGAGGAUAAGAGCGGAGGAAUUGCAAGCACUGUUAGUGGAUUUUUAAACUCAAGUUUAUUUGGUGGAAAUAGCUCUGCUUGUGAGGGUUCUGUGAUUGGACAUGAUUCACGCAGCUCUGUAGUCAAUCUUGCUAGUCCUGGUGCCAGUAGUACCUCACCUGAAACACUCGCUGCAACUCUAGUUGCUCUACACUGGGCAGCAAAGUCGCUUACUCUUCAGCCGUCACCUCAGAUUGAAUUUACUUACGGAUCUGAAAAGAAAUCGUCAAGUAUCGUAAAGAACAAUAGUAACCCCGACUUCCUAGAGGAGUUUGAUUUUCAAGUAAAGAAUGGCUCUCCAAGGUACAUUCGAGUCACGGUAUACGAUAGAGAAACUCGACCCGGUACUGGUGGAAUACCACGGAACUCGAUAAUUGGAGAAACAGUUAUUGAUUUAAAUGACAUGCCUCUUGAAAUCACAACGAAAACGGAAAUUCAACUCCUUAAGAACUCGAAUGAAGCCAGGUUACUUUUGCUUAUAACAAUUACUGGUUUGACGACAUCAACCAGAAGCCCUCUGAUGGAUCGUUUAGAGGCUAAUCAACAAACCUCAUCCAUCAUUUCAUCAGCUUCGGGAAUUCCACGAUCGCAAUCACUCUCCAGUCUUAUUUUCAGUGAUGAUGGAAUCAGAUUGUCUACUGGAGAAGUUUACUCUGAUAAUGAGGACAAAUCUGACCUUAAGAAUGUUUCCCCUACUCUGUUGGAACAUUUAUACGAGCAUUAUGUACGUUUCAUUCACAUUUCCUUCUUAAUUUUGCGUGUUUGCAUAAGUAUCAAAAAAAUUAAUUGCAUUCAAACAAUAAUAGCUUUAUUUGCCUUAAAAGAGCCUCAGAAAGUCCUUCAAAAACCUCCAAGACAUUGGCUGGAUGAGACUGAAAACUUCUGCUCCGUUUUCAACUUGGACAUUUCAGUUUGCAGUGCCAUGGGCUUGGGAGGCAAGGCUAUAAAUGGUAAAACUGAAAUCUUCUGUGUGGUCGAUAUCCAAAAUACCCAUCUGCGAACCCAGAGUAUAAUAAAGCGAAAAAAUCCCACCUGGAAUCGAUGCUUUGUUUUACCUCUUUCCGAUAUACACAGUAUUAUGAAAAUAUCUGUGGUUGAGGGUGAGAAAAACAAGAAUGAAGUCAUUGGGGGGUUAGCUAUACACCCACUACGCGUGGAAAAUGGGGGUAGCAAGUGGUAUGCUCUCAAAACGCCCGACCUCAGGAAUCCAACAAAGGGGUCAAUACUACUGGAGUUUAAUUUAGUCUACAAUAAGCAACUACAACAGCGUUUGGAGCACUUGAAACCCCUCUUUACAUUGCUUGGAUGGAUCAACCAAACGGUGGAGGAUUGGUUGGUUUGGAAGAAUCCAAUUAACUCGAUCCUCGCUCUUAUGGGUUACCAGUUAAUAGUGUACUACUUCCAACCCUACUUCAUACCUCUCUUCCUAGUAUUCAUAAUACUGAAGAAUCGCCUAUUUAAUCGGAGGAAGGUAGACUACGUUAAACAUGAGUCGAAGAACAGAAAAACUCCAGUUAGAUUGGCCUCUUCAUUGGAACAUAAAAUUUACAAGAAUCAAUAUGAAAUGCUGGAGCAAUACACUUCUAAUCGUUUUCGCAAUUCUAAAUCGUCUGUACAGAAUGAGGAGAGCGAGUUAACGUCCUAUGAUUGUGGGGAUAAUGGGCUGGAAAGCACUAAACAACUGUCAACAAGCCUGAAGGACCUUGAAAAUCUAGAUGAAUACAUAUUCUCAAUAAAAAAUACUUCUGGUGACAUGCCAGAGGAGAGGGAAGAAGAAGGGAAGGCACAGACACCGGCCCCAAAUAAGUCUGAAGGCAAAACAGUGAAGACAUUCCGCAAUGCCUUUAAGGAAAAGAAGAAUCGUGUCUUGGAAUUUAUUGAAGGCAUAGCAUCAACUUAUGAGCGUAUUGAGGGGUAA